AUUAUAUAUAUUGUCCAGAUGGCUUCUCGGUUUGUUUUUUCAAGUCAUUCUUUGACGGAACUGAAAGUAAAAAUGAAGAAGUUGUUUCAUCUUUUCUCGUUAUAGCCUGAGUUUCUGAUUCUUUGUGGGGUCUUUGCUAGUUCUUGUCAAGUGGAUCAUUAAUACUAUUCAGAGCCACGCCCUUAAUCCUAUUGAAGAACUUGGCAUUGAGGAAUUCAACCAUAUCCACAACAAAGAAGUGCUUCAAUUAUCGCCGCUCACAUUUGAAUAUUCUGUGUGGCUUGAUCACAAUGGCGGCAUCAACUGAGUCCUUCUAGGCGACUUCGGAGCGAUUUUUCCAGCUCUGCAGCUGUUUCCGUCGAUGAAACAACUUCUUUGAAUCAUUCAUGCCUUAGGGGAAUGGGAGGUCCACAGGCUGAAAUGUUUCUUCGAGUUCUUUUGAUGCUGGGAUUUGUAUCCUUCUGGCAGAUUUGUCCUUCAGGUGAGUCGAUUGCAAAACACUGGUGUUGAGCUAGGUCACGCUAAGAUGUUCAGAGCAUUGAAAGCAACUCUAGCGCAUUUUACAGUUACAUUGUAAGCCUGUUUGAAGAUGUACAAACCAAUUCUAGAACACGCAACUUCGUGACCGAGAAAUCGUGAAAUCUGGCUACUACUGACCUAGUUUUUUUUAUUUGAAUUCGACGCUAGCUUUACAAUAACUCGACAAAAAAUGGCUUCAAAUAAACUAACGAUUAUAUAAUGAGUUGCUCGCGUGUUUGGCUGAUCUGAAUGUUGAAAGGAAGUCUGGUUUCCCAUCUUUUCCGACUGCCGGAAUUUAUCUGUGCCAAAACAAGUAUUAGUCAACAAAUCCGACUCCAUGUGGCACAUGUGCUCAGUGGCCUUGAUACUUCCGCACAGUUUGGUGUAAAACAAAACAAUUUCUAAACCCUAAGAACUCAGCUAGACAUUUCAACUCGGAACUGUCUUUAUGACUGCAAAACGAAAGUUUUGCUUAUUGACUGCUCAUUGUUUUACGCUUCAACCUUUAUGAUAUGCCUCAAGGUUCAGACAUCGAAUUGCGAAGCAUGGAAAUGCAUCCUAAUGAGUUUAACUACACAUAUUGAGUGUCAUAUAAGUGGUCUGUUCAAAUCAAACCGUUCAUGUUGUAGACGGUUGGAUCUUUAUAAACAAACCAUAUUAUUUUUAUAAACUACAGAGCGCGUUUUCGUUUUGAUGGCAAGCUGUUAUUUUACCAUAUUACUGAAAAUUGAUCAUCAGACAUUAAAUUAAACAACUAAUCAGAUUUAUGUAGCAUGUGACGUGAUAUAACUUUCAUCACAGAUACGAACUAUUAAAAAGUUUAUGGUGCAUCAAUGGAUUUGAGGUCAUAAUAAGCGCCUGAAGUGCUACAGGAAAGCCCGACUAACACAAGCGGCUUGCAAGUGAUGGCCCAUUAAAAAGACAGACCGUCUUGCUUUCUCUUCAAUUCUAAUCUUUUUAAUCAUAAAUUCCUUCUUUCGACGCUUCUUACAUGUAAGACAAAUCUACUAUUCGACCUAAAUAAACAAAAACGUGGUAUGUCUAUAGACGGUGUUUUGUAAUUGUAUUAUAGAAAUUCAGUUUGAGUUAACUUCAGGCCGGAAGCAUGUCUUCCUAAGUUUAUAUAAACAUUCUUCAAUAGAAUGCCAAUUUUUUUUUACCAUAGUAAUUUGUCGAACUUUCCACCACCUGGGAACAGUCAAAGGCUACUUUUUUGCAGUAGGGAGACAAUAAAAAACACGCGAGUAAAAACCCGGUUUUUUAGAGAACCCAGGGGCACCUCGUAAAUACAUUGAUAACACGUUUUAGGCUAUCCAGAGUUUUUUAGAUGUCUAGAAAUGCAUUCUAAGUGGUGCUGUAAAAUUUGUAUCUGUUCGUUCAUCCUAGGGAACUUGAGUCUUUUGAAAUUACAAGGGCUUCAGUAUUAUUUUCGCGAAAAUUUUAAAUGCAAUUUGAAGUACUACGCGAGUGUGACAUUUUUUUAUUUCUCUCUCCAUUGCGUUCAGAGUCCGAAAAUUUUGGGUUUCCUUUUCUCUUCGAAAAAAAGCCAAACUUGAGAAGUGAAAACUGACCAUUAAACUUCAGAAAAUCUUAAGCAGUUCAUAAGAAAGCUUCGAACUUGAACCCGAGUUGAACGGUCAUCGAGAAUUUUUUAGCCGUCCUCAAUAGACAAUUUUCGACAAUAUUUGCUUCUCCCAAGAGAUAUUUCACAGAAAACAGUCGUUGGGUGCCCCUGAAAACCCGUUAGGCUAAAAUUUAAAACUACAAGCCAAGUAGAUAGUGCCUUGUGAAAGUACUGCAUUUCAUCCACAUUCUAAAAAUUACGCAUAGUCCACGUUGAAGAGAAGCUCUCGGCGCUUGCCGUUUGUUCAAGAUGUCUAAAUUUGCUUACAUUGCAUUACGAGUAUGUUUCCCACUCUUCGUGCGUUCACUUCUGUCUGGUUUAUCCGCAUUUGUCAUGUUCGCAGCUGUCCUGAAACUUAAACAGGACAAGCCGAAUUAAAGCAUUUUUCUGUCCAAUCUUCUUGACUGCGGAGGUGUUCGAGUAUUUCCCCGAUUGGGGACUGCCCUCAAGUUUAAAAAGGGAAGAAAAAUUCGUCUUCGCUUGUUUACGUUCAGUUUUCAACCUUGAUACAGGAAAUGCGGUAAGACAUCUCCUUAAUGAACUCUGGAAACCCAUGUUUACCUCAGCUUUAUUAAGGGGUUACACUGAUUUUAUUGUGCCAAUAGUGACAACAGGGAGCUUUAGGAAUUUGGAACAUUAGUGACGGCAACGAGAACGUCACGAGACAGGUAGUAGGUUUAUAGAGCAAAACAAUAACUUUGCAAGUGCGUGACACUUUUUGGUACAUGUCUUUGCCGUCGCUGCACGACUGCGACGUGAAAAAGCCUAAUUUCACGUUUUUUGGAGGACGUAAACAAGCCACAACGAAUGUUUCUUUCUCUUUCUAAACCUGAGUGUAGUCCUCAGUCGGGGAAAUACUCGAACAAAUUCGCAGUCGAAUUCAUACGUCAUUUUGAGGCCUCAGUGUUUUUUGAUGAGUCACUUGAGCGGUUACCACCUGGAAAACGAGGAAAACCCGCGAAGAGCACUUUGCAUGGGGAAUUACUAUUUCCGUAAGUUAUCUGCUUUAAAAGAAAUGAAAAAAAUGAAUGAAAGAAAUGAAUAACUUGGGAAAACCUAUCUUUUUUCCCAUCAGAUGCUACAAUCGAUUUGUUGGUCAAUGGAAUCACCACCGUCGGUAAAACUUUUAGGGUAGUUUGUACUAUGAAAGAUGGUGAGAGCUUUGUUGGUUGGUUUGAUGUGAAUGGAAAUGAGGUCACAGCUCGUCCCAUACCAGACGAACUUAUACCGGGUAACUAUGUAGAGGAAAGUGGGAAUGCGUACACGCUUGUGAUCCAAAACGUUGCUGUCGCCGAUGGUGGAAAUUAUACCUGUAAAGGGGACAGGUCCGAAAGUAAAUUCACUCUCUUUAUUGAGUGUAAGUAUCUUUCAAUGUACUACCAAUUUGCGACUUUUAUGCUGCCGAUAAUGCAAUUUGUUUUUUCCACAAAAUUUUGCACAAAUAUUGAUUUCAAUCCCUCUUGGAACUAAUGAUCUUUUUUGAGAAAUUGAAACAAAACUUAUGCAAAAUUUUGUGGGAAAAACAAAUAGGAUUAUCGAGACUUAUCGCCGUAGUCGCAAGUACGCUAUGUAAUGCUCAGGAGAAAUGGAAAACAAAGGUUAUGCUAAAUUUUGGUGGGCAAACAAAGUGCAUUAUGGGAGAUGUGCAAAUAGCUAAUAGCACGACUCGACCACCAACCUUGUUCCCAGGUCUUUUUCCUUCCUUCCGCCAUUUUCUAAGAGAAAAGCUCUCGGGACGAGUUUCUCUUAAAGCUGUUUUAUAUGAAUCCUAUCAAAUUUCACAAACACUUCAAGAAGAUGUCAAAAGCUUUGUCCAGAUGCCAUGGUAGGGGAAACUUUACUUCCCCGGGGAUUCUCUAGGAGUUUUUGGGUGGAGGUGCCCUACUGUGACCUUGGAACCGCUUCGUUUAUGCCAGUUCUUGUAUAAAUGCAAUUUUGCUGUCCUAAUUUAGAUUAGGUUUUAAGAAAUCCCUACUCUCCCACUCAAACUAACUUAAACAAGAAGCUACAAUUCUCCGUACCACUGAUAGACCACAAAUAGUUCUUCAUUUUCCUCGGGGAUAAUUGAGCGCGCGUUUUUCACUGACUUUUCUCUCCGCGUGUUACCUCCCUCGCGGCUUGCGGAUUUUGCUCACCCUUCCGUCCCGAGGAAAAUGAGGCACUACUUGUAUCAAUAUGGCGCAAUAGAUCAUUCUCUCUUGUAUGGCGUAAAUGAUACCUGAUUGUGGACCAAACCCCUCUCAGCCAAUCAGAGUGCGAGAGUGCGCGUUAUAUCAGAACUUCAUCAUAAUUUAUUAGUAAUUUAAUGUAACCUUUUUUUUCACUUCCAUUUGUCAAGUCUUCGUCACACAGUUCCCCGAUGAUCAAAAUCUACGAGUAGGGAAAACAGAGACUGUCUUGUGCUCGGCAGAAGGGUACCCAAAACCCACAUUUGUGUGGUACAAGAACUUCAAACGUGUCAAAACGGAAGUGGAUCCUCGCUUUACACUUUUACCCAACGGCUCAUUGGUAAUCGAUCCUGUUCAUGAAAGCGAUACCGGUGACUAUAUUUGCCGCAUCACGCAGCUGGGAGACAAAGUUGGUACCAGCCUGCGCGAGCAAAGGAAAGAUAUAACAGUCAUGGUGUAUGGUAAGUUUGUACUGUUACCGUAAAAUUCCGAAAAUAAGCCCCUCCAUGUAUAAGCCCCUCCAUGUAUAAGCCCCUCCAAAUAUAAGCCCCCCAAACCGGUAACGCAAAAAACCCUCCGUUAAAUCGCCCCUCCAAAUCAGUAAGCCCCCCGAGGGCUUGUACUUGGAAAAUUGUCCUCAAAUACAAAGUAAAGCAAAACAAAAAACGGUAAUUUUACUUCCACCUAUAAGGCUAACCCUAUCGAUUUUGAAACGCAAAUUUCCCUCCAUAGUUAAGCCCCUCCGAAUAUAAGCGGAAGCCCCUCCAAAAAUAAGCCCCUCAAAAAGGGCCUUUGAAAAAUACAAGCCCCUGGGCUUAUUUUCGGAAUUUUACAGUAGUUCCUUUUCGUUGGUUGUGGACAAUUCAUAAAAUAGUGAGGCCAAGUGAUCUAGCCCUUCAAAUAGAGAGGGAAUUGUAUUGGCGAAACUCAGUAGUAGAGGCAAAGUAAGGAGAUGACAGAAGACAAAAGAGACAGGAAAUCAGGCCACAAUAACGCGUUGUUUUCGAGUUAACAAAAACAUUUUGAUGACUUCGUAAGUCUGAAACGAAAGAUUUCUGAAAAGGUACCGUCCACGCUAGCCCCACGAAAACGCAUAUCCGACGAUACUGAGGUUGUUGUUUCGUGCUCAGUACGCCUGCUUCAAUGGCGCCAGUGAUACUUUUGUCUUUUCCCGCCAUUUUUAAGGUUGUCAACAUGUCAUCAAUGAAUGGCUACGAUAUCAGCACUUUAACCUUCGUUUGUCGUUUGUCCAUCAUGAUAUUGAUGCAUCUCCAUUUUGAGAGCGUCGUCGAAAACGUUCGUUUUCUUAAAACUCUUGUUUCCAAAAAUUUGUAUUUUCAGUUUUCUUGCAUGGGCAGAAGACACGAACGAAACGCAUAAAAAUGAAUGCUUGUUUAAACAAAAAAACCUAAUAUAUAGAUUUAGCCAGGGCUAAAAGCGAGGCUCUCGAUAUUAUUUAUAGUUUGUUCAAACAAAAUAUAAAAGCAGCGAAGGCAACGCCGGAGAACGGUGAAAAAGCAACAAUAGGUCUAAUUAGCAAAAAAGCAUCUUUGCACUUGCAGCACACUUUUUUGUACAUUUCUUUGCCGUUGUUUUGCACGACUGCAACGUGAAACUUCCGGAAACUUUUUUAUGGAGGAAAUGUCGUACGUGUUCUCGUUCACUUUUUUUUUUUUUACUGCCGCUCAUUUUCUCCUUGCAUUGGUGGCCGCUAGCAUUUCUCAUUUUGUAUGCCUGUGGUGCGGACGGACGGUCGGGCGUACGGUCACGUGAUUACCAAAUUUUCUUGGAUGGGUAGAUUACCACAUUUUUUUACCCAUGGUGCUCCGCUGCGCGCACUUCGCGCGCGAGAGCUCCGCUAUUACUGUUGACGAAAGAACUAAAUGUAAGAGAAUUAUUUCCCUGUUAUAGCUCCUCCAAGGAUAAACACGGAGAAAUCUACCAACCAAACAGAACUGUACUCGUAUGUGGGCAACCCGACUGCAGUCACCAUCAAAUGCGUGUGGUGGGGUUAUCCGAACCCGACACUCAGCAUACGCAAGAAUGACAUAGAUCUGCCAAGUGGGGAUGUUGAGGUUAAGGAAUGGACAAAAGAAGACUUACUUAGUUAUCUAACAGCUACUGUAAUUACUGAUAGUGAUGAAGACUUUGGAGCGUACACUUGUCAUGCUUCAAACUCUCUCGGCUCGGCGACUCAUAUUGUGGAUAUCUAUAAACAAGGUUAGUGGUCUCCCGCGCAACCUCAAAGUGGCUAAUACACUAGCUGUUUUUCAGGCCACAUGCGAUAACGCGUUGUUUUCGAGUUAGCAAGAACAUAUUGAUAACUGCGUUUUUCAUUCUUGCGUUUUCGCAUCGUUUUCUACAGUCCACGCUAGGCCCUCCAAAACGUAUAUCCGACGAUACUGAGGUUUUCGUUCCGUACCACGUACGCCUGCUUCAAUGGCGCCAGCGAUACUCUUGUCUUUUCCCGCCAUUUUUAAGGUUGUCAACAUGUCAUCAAUGAAUAGCUAUGACCAAGAGCCAUAAUAGGACAGAGAGGGACACUCCCAGUCACGCCUUUGGGAUAUCUUAAUCCCAAAAAAGUUAUUUUUAGAACUAUGCGGACCAUGCGGAAACAGUUUCCGGUAAACUGGUUGACUUCCGGAAGAUUCAGCGCGCCAAAGCGAGGCGAGGUCAAUAAAUGAAAAAAAUGGCUGCUAAAGUGGAGGGUGUGUACUUGAUAAAUUGUCCUUCUUCAACGAAGAACCUACCAUAGAAAAUAGUUAAAACUUCUACACAAACGGAUCCUUUACAAGAAACGGUAGAAAUAUAGUUAAAGCGACCGCGUGGACCAUCGUUUUUGUUGGAACAGCUGGAAAGAGGACAAGUAGCAUUGCGUUUUACACAAAAUGCGCGGGUCCUACAAAGACGACCGUACAAGCGACCAUGUGGACGUACUUUCUGUUGAAAGAGGAAGGAAUAAAACGUAUAAAGGUUUCCAGUAUUUUUCUCAAGGACAUGACCAGGAAUCAUGUGGAAAACACCUUUUCCUGCUUUGACUGAUAUUUUGUACCGUACUUUACACUGGACAAUUAACAAUUAUUCUUGAACACUAGGUGAAUAGAAGCGGAAUAUUCGCGGCGAGGUUAAUAUUCCUAAAGCCACUAUUCAGCAAGAUUAAAAAUCUGUAAGGAGACCAUUUAAGUUCAAUGUGAUUGACGGUUUUGACGGAUCAAUUCAUCUGUGAAAAUCGGUAUGUGCAAAAGUUUGAUCUUUACAGAAUUUUCAAACAUUGCAAAUCAAAUCGCUGAGUUAAAAAUCCUUUCGCAAACAGUGGCCUAAUAAUGGGUUAUAUGGAAUAGCCAGAACUUUAAAUUCUGCCUCCCAGCCUGUAAAGAAAAGAAGAGCUUUGUUUUCAUCUGUCGACUCGCCAAGUUAGGAAAAAAGGGUUCUUGUGCAGCAAAUUUGUGUUGUUUUUUAAUAAGUGUAGACAAUGGUGUCCUGGUUGCUCGAGGUAAGGCGCCGUUUCUCUGUAGUUUUCUUGACAUUGAAAUCUCGAAAUUUCGUAAAGAUUUGCUUUUAAUUUUUUUUUGUCACAAGUUGAAUUUGAUUUCUGGGGAAAAUUCGCCUUUGAAGGAAAUGUUGAGUUUACACAGAAGCCACCUCUUCUAUUCAAUUUGUAAUUGUCAACAUUCCAUCGAGCGAAAAAUACUGCUCAGUAAAGUUCAUCGGACAACGUUCUUGAAUACUUUGAAGUCUUCCUUACCUUCAAAAAAAUGGACCCUAGGAUUUUGCCGAAUUCUGAAAGGUUCUUACUCUAAAAAAGAUUGGCAAAACACCGAGCUAUCUCAUUUUUUACUCGAGAGGCUAAAACACCACAAAGAUCACUGAAUUCUGAAAACGAUUUUUGCUUGUAAAAGCUUUAUUUGUGUAAGGCAGAAGCAUAUAACCCCGAAGCGUAUAACUCUGUCGUAAUGCUUCUGUGUAAGGUUAUUUGUGUUUUUUCAUGUUGAAAUAAAUACGACAGUAUGAUAAUCUCAUGUGGCGUUUAUUUACUUUAUGUGGUUUUACCUAGCCUAAUAUUUUCCUCAUACACCUGUAAUAAUUAACUUUUACAGAUCCUGCACCACAAUGUGUAGGUAUAGAUCAGUCCAUACAACCCCAAGCAUUCAUUAUGCGUGUUAAAUAAUGUAAACUUGCUGUAUGUAUAAUAAAUGUAGGGGUUUGAAUGCAAAUCGUACCACAGGCAUUCGUGGAUGCACAGGACCUUUUGAUGUUGUGUUUGCCACUUAUUGAUCUAGCAAGUUUUCUCUAUUUUAGUAAGCACUCAUGUUUUUAGGUGUCAGCUGCUGAAUGUAGUCUUUUCUUUUAUUCGCUAUAGAAAGCACUCAAAAGUAUUAAGAAUAAAAACUACGGCAAUAAGUUCAAGCUGUUUAUAGCUUCUUACUGAGUUGUCUCUUAUUUUUUUUACCCCCUCCCACACAGAAAAAAAUACAAACUUAUAAUAGUGUAUGGCAAAACCUGUAUAUUUAAGCGGACCUGAUAUUAAAAGUUACAUCCUAUGUUAAGCAGAUGAAUAGCUCAGUAUGUUUGAAAAGUUUCUAACCAUAUUUUCAGAGAAAACAGUGUUUUCAAAAAUAAAUGUAUCCAUACCCAUUUUAAGGGGUAUUUUCUUUUUGGUAAAAGGUUUCAACCAAUCAUUAGAGCUGCAAACAUUAUAGCCAACUGAAGAAAACUUUACAUUGAUUUUAUGUUCCAGACGUAAUGCAUGGGAUAUCUGUUUUAUUCAGAAUCAUAAGAUUUUGUUAUAAGGAUUCAUAUACAUGCUGCUUUGCAAAUUUUUCUUGAAUUUUGCUGCCUAAACCAAUCAGAGGUAUAAUGCAGACAAUAGUAAAGUGAGAACCUUUUUGCAUUUCAACAUGUUUAAACAUCGACUUUAUUGAUAUUAAUGUUGCAUUUCUGAUGCUCUUAAAGCGGAGUCUGCAGGCAGAGCAAGUUUGUGUGAUCUUUUGCUUUUAAUCCACCAUGACACCCCAAUCCUUCUCUUUAAAUAGUCUAAUAAAUUCACAUGUUGCUGGCCUGCACAUUAUGAUUGAUCAGGCCUCAUGCAACCACUAAGACAUCACAGGAAAUUGAGGUUGUUAUUAUCAGUUAAGCUGAUCAGUAUUUGAGAAUAUGACCUUCAUUGAGGAAGGGUUUAAGUUAAAAAUGGCAGUAUCACAUUAAAAUAAAACCUUUGGUCACACCUUGACCUCUUAAUUAGGUCAAGUUUCUUUCAUUGGUGAGUUAAUCAAUUUAUGCACCUGCAUGCCAGGAUUGCAUUGAGAGAAACAUUCUGGAGCAAUAAAACAUAGUGUGUGACUGAAUCAAUUGCAUCUAUUCAUGCCAUGGCUUGAAAGAGGCAAUGUAGAGAAAAGCAUCUAGAAGGAGACAAAUUAAUAUUAAUGUAGUGUAUACAAUAACAUGUGUAACAUGAGUUGAGUUUGAUCAUCCAGGUGAACGUAGUCCUGAAUAGGACUGUUGUUGUUGACAGUGACUACGUUCACGCGGACGAUCAAACUCAACAUACUUUUGAAAUGACUCCUGGGUUCAAACCUUUCACAAUAAUGUGUGUGUCACUCAGUUGGUCACACUCUUCUCAGUAUUCCUCAAAUUUCAAAUCCCAAAUGUAUUGGCAGCCACACAGUUUAAAAGAAGUAUAAAAAAUAAUAAAUAAAUAAAUAAAUAAGUGCUCCCUUGCCCCAAAAUAUAGAACUUGCACUGUUUGUCAAACUUGUACAUUAUUUUCCCCAGUAUCAAUUCCAUGGCAAGGUCAUGCAGAGAUCUUAAAAGAGAAUUCAUGAUUGCUAGUAUUCUUGUUCCUUCAAUUCAACCUGUCAGAAAACAACAGAAAAGUUGGCAGACAUUGAAAGACAUAUAGAUUGCAAGCAGUCUCUCUUUUGCUUGAAAAUGUGUGUUUAGAGUAUUUGAGUAGCGAUUUGAAUUUGCGCCCUCGCAACUCACACAACUUUGCUGCUCAAAUACUCGCCACAGAUUUUCAAGCUGAAGAGAGACUGCUCACAGUCUAAAAGACACACAACAUAAAAAUGAUGUACCAGUUUUAUGAAACCUUUACAUGUUGUAUUUUAUGUUAUAUCUUCAGGGAGGGAGCCAGCCUGGCAUAAGGACUCAGUUCUUCUCUCUUUGCACCCUCACUCAUCCUUCUUUUUACCACCUAUUUUUAUGUAUACAAGGUUGUUAUAAAUAAAAAAAAACCUGUAUAAUUUUUAGAAUUAGGGGGACAUCCACACAAACUUUGCUCCUUUCUGCUAAUUAGAGAUAUCCACUAAAUACUGGUUUGUUUUUCUUAAAUUGUGGAAAGAAAUGUUUUGCCACAUUUUGAGCUAUUCGACUGCUGAAUACAGGGUGUCUGCUUAAUAUGGGGUCUGCAUACCAUACAAUGUAGAAAAUGAGUUAAUUAGGCUUUCACUGAGGAGGGGAGGUACAAGAAAUAAGACAUAAUCAUAAACAAGAAGCUAUACACAGCUUGAACUUAUUGCAGUAGUUUAUAUUCUUAACACUUUUGAGUGCUUUCUAUAGAGAAAAAAAGAAAAGACUACAUUCAGCAGCCGACACCUAACACCAUGAGUGCUUACUAAAGUAGACAAAACUUGCUGGAUCAAUAAGUGGCAAACACAACAUCAAAAGGUCCUUUGCAUCCAAACCCCUACAUUUAUUAUGCAUGCAGCAAGCAUAUAUUAUUUAAGACACAUAACAAAUGUUUGGGGUUGUAUGGAAAUCUUACCUAUAGAUUGUGGUGCAGGAUCUGUAAAGGUUAAUUAUUACAGGUGUAUGGGGAAAAUAUGAGGCUUGGUAAAGCAAACUUCAGAUGAGAUUAUCAUACUGUCGUAUUUAUUUCAACACCAUUUACAACAUGAAAAACACAAAUAACCUUACACAAAUAAAGUUUUUACAAUCAAAAAUUGGUUUCAGGAUACACACUCAGUGAUAGUGUUUUAACCUCGCGAGUAAAUAAUUCGUGAGCUCCUUGUUUUGCUAAUUUUUUUUAGAGUAAGAACCUCUCAGAAUUUGGCAAAAUCCUAGGGUCCACUCUUUUGAAGGUAUGAAAAUACUUCAAAGUUUCAAUAUUUUUUGCUCGAUGGAAUGUUGACCAUUACAGUUUAAUCGAGUAGAAGGGGUGGGUGAACUCAACAUUUCCUUUAAAGACAAAUUUUCCCCCGAAAUCAGAUUCAACUGACUUAUGAGAAAAAAAAAUGAAAGCAAAUGUUAACGAAAGCUCGAGAUUUCAAUCAAACAGGACAGAGAAGACUACAGAGAAACGGCUCCUUUAAUACCUCAAGCAACCGGGCCACCAUUGUCUGCACUUACAAAGAACAGCACAAAUUAGCUGCACAAAAAACCUUUUUCCUCUAACUUGGCGAGUCGACGAAUGAAAACAAAGCUCUACUUUUCUUCUUAGGCUUGAAAGUACAAUUUAAACUUCUGGCGAUUCCAUAUAACCCAUAUAGGCUAUUGUUUCCGAUUUGAUUUGCAAUGUUUGAAAAUUCUGUAAAGAUGAAACCUAUUGUUUACCGAUUUCCACGCAUGAUUUGAUCCGUCAAUCAAAUUGAGCUUUUUGGUUUCUUUACUGAUUUAGGAACAUUAACCUCCGCUUCUAUUAACCUCGUGUUCAAUAAAGAAUUGCUAAUUGUCCAAUGUGAAGUGCGGAACAAAAUAUCAGUCAAGCAGGCAAAGGUGUGUUCCACAAGAUUCCCGGUCAUGUCCGUGACAAAAAUACUGGAAACCUUUAUACGUUCUUUUCCUUCCUCUUUCAAGAGAAAAUACGUCCACAUGGUUGCUUGUACGGUCGUCUUUGUAGGACCCGCGCAUUUUGUCUUCAACGCUUAUCCGGGCCGCAAUGCUACUUGUCCUCUUUCCAGCUGUUCAAACAAAAACGAUGGUCACGCGGUCGCUUUUACCGAUUUCUACCGUUGCUUGUAAAGGACCCUUUUGUGUAGAAGUUUUAAGCAGUUUCUAUGGUAGGUUCUUUGUUGAAGAAGGCCAAUUUAUCAACUUCACAUCGUCCUACCACUUGUGCCGCCAUUUUUUUUAUUUGUUGACGGUGCCUCGCUUUGGCGCCCUGAAAUCGUGAAAGCGAGUCUUCCGGAAGUGAACCAGUUUACCGGAAACUGUUUUCGCAUGGUCCGCAUAGUUCUAAAAAUAACUUUUUUGGGAUUAAGAUAUCCCGGCCAACGCCCUGAGUGUCCCUCUCUGUCCUAUUAUGGCUCUUGCUAUGACAUCAGCACCUUAACUUUCGUUUGUCGUUUGUCCAUCAUGAUAUAGAAGCACCUCCCUUUUGAGAGCGUCCUCGAAAACGUUCGUUUUCUUAAAACUCUUGUUUCCAAAAAUUUGUAUUUUUUUGUUCUUGAAUGGACACAAGACAAGAACGAAACGCAUGAAAAUGAAUGCUUGUUUAAACGAAAACCCAUGACUGUUGACGCCGGGGAGGGGGGGGUACUCCCUAUAAUGGCCCAUACGGGGAGACUCCAUCCGAAAGGGGUACCUUUUCUCGUAGAAGUAUACCAAAGGGGAGCAGUUAAAAGGGUUGCAAAUUUCUAAACAAGGUAUGUGAAAGGGGUACCAUUUUUCAAUAGCAAAUAUACGAAAGGGGUACCUUUUUCGUGUAAAAUAGUAUAUAUGAGGGUAAGGGGUUGGACCUCCGGGCGGAGCCUCCGAGUAUAACAAUUUGUCGAGUACCCCCUCCCCCCGGGUGUUGACGAAAGAACUGUAAGAUAAUUAUUUCCGUGUUAUAGGUCCUCCAAGAAUAAACUUAGAAGAAUCUACCAAACAAACAGAACUGUACUCGUAUGUGGACAACCCGACUGCAGUCACCAUCAAGUGCGUGUGGUGGGGUGAUCCAAAGCCGACACUUAGCAUACGUAAGAAUGACACAGCUCUACCAAGUGGGGAUGUUGAGGUGAAAGAACCGACAGGAGAAAACAUGCUUAGUUAUCUGACAGCUACUGUAAUUACUGAUGGUGAUGAAGACUUUGGAACGUACACUUGUCAUGCUUCAAACUAUAUCGGCUCGGCGAAUUAUAGUGUGGAUAUCAAUAAACCAGGUUAGUGGAAUACUUCAAGUGAACUACAAAAAUGUCUGGACGGUACAUCUUAAGCAGUGACUGUUAAUUGAGGUUACAACAAAUAUUCAAAUCUAGGACAAUACUCUCUUAAAGAUAAGUUGAUUUCCCAUUUUAGAAAAAUGCAAUAGUUGUUUAUUUUACAUCUCUAAGGUUAUCGCCAGGUCCUGUUACAGUGUUUACGAAAACCAAGUUAAAAAAAUGAUGCCAUCAAGAAGUUUACAAGAAAAAGGCGCAACAUCUACCCUUCAGAUGUGCAAAGAUACCAAUAUAAUGCGAAAGAUUUAUCAAUCAUCCCUGUUUAAUGAUAAAAAUGCUUUCAGAAAUAAAUAAUAUAUAUAUAUAUAUAUAUAAAUGUUUUCAGAAUUCAGUUAUACGCACGGGCGUAAGUGCGUUUAUGGACGUUCCGCUCCUGAACGUCUGAAGACGUAUGUCGUACGAAACGUCAAGUUAAAUGUUAUAGCAGUCAGUAUUUGUCUCCAGUUUUUUUACCAUAUCUGAGUCACAAGUUUGCACGUUAUCUCUCAGUAAGCUAAGGUGGCCCAAGAACAAGAGUGUUAUAAGACAGUUUUUGACAGAGCAGAUUGCUGAAAUGUUAAUACAGCAUAUUUUGUUGUUAUUUUUGUUCAGGUCCUCCAACUGCCCCUCAAAACAUCACGUUUAAUCUCACCUGCGAUCACUUAACAGUGGCCUGGACGCCACCAGAAUUUGAUGGUGGGCUACCGCUGGUACGUUAUUCCGUGGAGAUCAAUGAUACGAGCCAGUGGUCGUAUUCGGUGUUUGUCGAGGUGCCCAAAAACAGAUUUACGUUUACGAGCAAAGACGGUUUAAAACCAGGGACUUUGUACACAGUUUAUGUUCAAGCUUUUAACGAAUUUGAGAAGGGAGAAAAAGGACAGAGCUCGGUGAUAUCUGCUUACUGUAAGUAUCUUAAAACAAAUAGAACGACGAGAUUUACACAGAUUAAUUGUAUUACAGCCAGCGUUGAAGUCUAUUCUAAAUAACUUUUGCGUUGAUAUCUUGGCGAUAUUAAAGGGCAAAACAAGUCACAUGAUAGAUAAGAAGCGCGGGAAAAUAAGGUAGAGGUCCCAGUCGCGAGAAAUUACCCAGCGGCCAAUUGGUGCGAGCGCGGGAAAUUUUUUUGCCACAAGGCGCCUGCAAGAACAGGAAAUGACACAACCAGUUUCAAGUUCAAAAUAGUGUGCAUGGUUUCGGAUCAAACUCAAAGUAGCGCUGGUGGUUCGUGAUACUUGAAUGGAUUGAGUCGUUUUACCUUUCAACAUGACCAGCAGAAGAACUAACCCAAAAAAAUAAACCAGAUAGGGCACUUUCAAGUCCACGUGCCCUGGAUGCCUACCAGUGAUAUUUGUUUAGGAAAUUGCCUUUGCAGGUUUCUUAACAUUUUGAUAACUUCGUAAGUCUGAAACGAAAGAUUUCUGAAAAAGCACCGUCCACGCUAGGCUGUUGAGGGAUUUUACCUGCAGAAGUAUAUGAAAGGGUAGGGAGAUCUGUCAUUUGGGUCUGUGAAAAGGCCCAAAGGCCUAACGGAUGAAUUUUACGGCUUUAUAAAGUCGAGAAAACGUUCUAUUUUGGGGAUUGAUUUCUAUUAAAAUGACAGUGCAUUUACAGCAGUUAAAAGGGAUGCAAAGUCGCAAACAAGGUAUGUGAAAGGGGUACCCAGGGCAGGUAUACGAAAGGAAUACCUUUUUCGUGAAAAAUGGUAUAUAAAAGGGCAAGGGGUUGGACCUCGGGGCGGAGCCUCCCUGCAUAAAAAUUUGUUGAGUACCCCCCCCCCCCCGGUGUUGACGAAAGAACUAAAUGCAAGAUAAUUAUUUCCCUAUUAUAGGUCCUCCAAGAAUAAACGUAGAAGAAUCUACCAAAAAAACAGAACUGUACUCGUAUGUGGGCAACCCGACUGCAGUCAUCAUCAAGUGCGUGUGGUGGGGUUAUCCAAACCUGACACUCAGCAUACGCAAGAAUGACAUAGAUCUACCAAGUGAGGAUUUUGAGGUUCAGGAACCGACAGGAAAAGACAUGCUUGGUAAUCUAACAGCUACUGUAAUUACUGAUGGUGAAGAAGACUUUGGAACGUACACUUGUCAUGCUUCAAACCCUCUCGGCUCGGCGACUUAUGUUGUGGAUAUCAAUGAACAAGGUUAGUGGAAUACUUCAAGUGAACUACAAAAGUGUCCGGAAGGUACAUCUUAAGCAGUGACUGUUAAUUGAGGUUACAACAAAUAUUCAAUUGUAGAACAAUACUUUAUUGUGUAAGAUAAGUUGAUUUCCCAUUCCCGUUUUAAAAAAAUGCAAUAGUUGUUUAUUUUACAUCUCUAAGGUUAUCGCCAGGUACUGUUACAGUGUUUACGAAAAACAAGGUAAAAAAAUGAUGCCAUCAAGGAAUCUACGAGCAAAGGGAGCGACGUCUACCCUGAUGUGCCAAGAUACCAAUAAAAUGCGAACGAUUUAUCAAUCAUCCCUGUUUAAUGAUAAAAAUGCUUUCAAGAAAUAAAGUUCUACGCACGGGCGUAAGUACGUUUAUGGACGCUCCGCCCCUGAACUUCUGAAGACGUAUGUUGUACGAAACGUCAAGUUAAAUGUUAUAGCAGUCAGUAUUUUUCUCCAGUUUUUAUACCUUAUCUGUCUUAUCUUAAUCACCAGUUUGCACGUUAUCUCUCAGUAAGCUAAGGUGGCCAUAAAACAAGAGUGCAGCAAAUGCUGAAAUGUUAAUACAGCAUAUUUUGUUGUUAUUUUUGUUCAGGUCCUCCUACUACCCCUCGAAACAUCACGUUUACUCUCACCUGCGAUCACUUAACAGUGGCCUGGGCGCCACCAGAAUUUGAUGGUGGGCUACCGCUGGUACGUUAUGCCUUGGAAAUCAAUGAUACGAGCCAGUGGUCGGAUUCGGUGUUUGUCGGGAUGACCACAAACAGAUUUACGUUUACGAGCAAAGACGGUUUAAAACCAAGGACGUUGUACACAGUUUAUGUUCAAGCUUUUAACGAGAUUGAGAAGGGACCAAAAGGACAGAGCUCGGUGAUAUCUGCUUACUGUAAGUAUCUUAAAACAAAUAGAACGACGAGAUUUACACAGAUCAAUUUUAUUACAGCCAGCGUUGAAGUGUAUUCUAAAUCACUUGUACGUUGGUAUCUUGGCGAUAUUAAAAAGCAAAGCAAAUCACAUGAUAGGUGAGAAGCGCGGGAAAAUAAGCUAGAGGCCCCAGUCGCGGGAAAUUACCCAGUGGCCAAUUGGUGUCGAGCGCGGGAAAUUUUUUUGCCACCAGGCGCCGGCAAGAACAGGAAAUGACCACCAGUUUCAAGUUCAAAAAAGUGUGCAUAGUUACCUUCUUGAUUAGAAAUAUUAUUAACUGUAAAUAGAAAACGACUGAGAGACUUCAAAACAGUUUUCAAGUAUAUAGUGCUUACUUGAGCUAUUAAUUUUUUUUUCCAAAAAAUUCCUUUUCCUUCGUCCAUAGGCCCCCCGAGUGGACCUUACACCAUAACGAAUAACGUCACGUGGUUAAACAGUACGAGCUUCACACUAAAGUGGACCCGCCCUCCCAAUGACGGCGGAGAUCCCGAUCUGCGAUAUAUUGUUGAAUACAGCAAGGAAACAGCUGAUGGAAAAUAUGUGCACUGGAACUCGCGCAAGAAUAUUCUCACCCAAGAAUACAAUGUGACAGGUCUGGAAAGCGGUUCCAAAUACGAAUUCCGGGUUUUCGUAUCCAAUGUUGCCGGAAGAAAGAGAGAGCCCGCGGUAAAAGAGUUUAAUGUGUACAGCGGUCUUGAUGUAACUCCUACACCAACCGACCCAGGUAAAAUCAGUAGCUUUUUGCACGGGCGGAUCUAGGGGGCGGGGGCAGCUGGUGCGAAGCCCUACAGGUCGAGAAAUGGACGCUGCGAAGCCAUUGAUAUGAAAAAUAUGCAAAUAAAAUGUCGCCCGUUUUGAAAGUGAGAUUUUUUGAACAGUUCUUACGAAUAAGUUAUGUCGAGAAAUGUAAUAAAUGAAGCACCGAGGUCCGAAUAAGUUUUGAAGCGAGGCAUAACUGGACAUUAAAGGAUCAUCGUCACCAAUGUUAUCAUCGUUAUCAUUUUCACCUCCACCACCUGUAUCACCAUGACGACCACAAUCCUCACUGCCAUCAUCAUUUUCAUAAUCAUUACCUUCACAGCCAUCGUGAUAAUCGUAGUCAUCUUCGUUAUUAUCAUUUUCAACUUUUCCAGUGUAUCUUGUCAUUCAUUUCCGCAUUCCCGCUUAUUUUUCACGGGAAUCCCGCAUCCCGAACUUCCACCGUCAUUCGGCCGGGAGUUUAUCCCUAAUAUCGCUUUUUUCCUAAUACCGCAUCCGUGCUUAAAAUGUGGCAUAUCCCGUAUCAUGUUAACGUUUCCCGAAUCCCGCACUGUCUUUUAUCCAAUUUCCGGAUCCCGGGAAUACCCUUCCAGACACCGUAAGUAGUUUACACAUUCCGAACUUCUGCCUUCAUUAUCCCUAAUAUAGCUUUUUUCCAAACCUGCAUCCGCACUCAAAAUUGUGGCAUAUCCCUUAUCCCGGGUAGCAAUCAAACGCCGUAUCCCGUUAACGCUCCCUGAAUACCGCACUGUCUUUUAUCCAAAUCCUGGAUCCUGGGAAUACGCUUCCAGACACCGCAAGCAGUUUACGUUUCAACUCCUUUUUAAUUUCGUCUUCAAAUUAGGUCCUUCUGGUCAGCCAUUGUUGGUUUACGACAUGUCAGUCAACUGCACGUCAUUCUAUAUGCAGGUGGAGUUCAUUCUCAAGUCUUCCUACCUUGAUACGGAGACCUUCCGCUUUGACAACAAAUCAUGCGGCUCCCAUACUGUCACUUCUGAACACGUCUCUUUAAGGACACCGUUGGAUGCUUGCGGAACAACUAAUAAGGAUGGCGAAGAUUCGGUGACGUAUUUUAAUAAAAUUGUGGCGGAAACAGCAGACAAGGAGACUAUUUAUAUAGUUGAGUUUCCUUUCUCUUGCACUUAUGGCGUCCGUGAGACUAUUGGAUCUCCAAGCUUUCAACCCAGGAAAAAGAUCACGUAUCUGAAAGGUAAAAUACAAUUGCUUGAUUCCCUCUCCAUUUAUUUAAGGAGCGCAAAUUAACACGGGCUAUCAACGCUACGCUACGCUUCUCCCCCCUUCCCCCCUAAGGGAUGGGAAGGGGGUGCUGCGGUCGAUGCAAUCAUUGAUCCUUCGACAUCGUAUGAGUAGGGAUGAUAUAGAAGUUAUUAAGGGCGCGUUCGAUUGACAAAGAAUAAAUGGAGUCAACUCUGUCAUUUGUUUUGGCCUUCAUUGCAUUGUAAUGCCUAGAAAUCUCCUUGAAAUAUAAUAUGCCGAUGUAUGUAGCGUUUAAGUGGUCCAAAAGUCACGAUGCGAGGGAUUUGUAUUAACAAAAAAUUGCGUUUUCUUCUUCCUGGAUCCGCUUAAUCAAACGCACCCUUAAUGAGCUUUGUAGAGGAGCGUUGCCUGAUGACACAAAAAAAGGCUGCGUUCGACACUACCCUCCCGACAUUUUAUUUGCCAACCGAUACUACACUUCAAUCUGCUCUGAUUGGCUGAGAGUGUUUGUUGGCUCGAAAAAUGAAUUUACACAUGGUUUGAAAGGCUAAUACGCUGUGGAAAUGUCUCCCAGGCCUCAGGAGAGAGAUUGACACUCCGGUGGGAUAGGCUCUUGUGUAAGCGUUAGGCAGGAAAAACAGCUGUUGAUAUUUUUAAGCUGAUGUCUUCAUUGUGUAUUUUAUGCUUAUGCCCUUGUUUAUGUCUUUAAAGUCUUUAAAGAGGCCUGUCUUAUUAAUCAGUUCUCUGAUUUAGGCCCGGCCAGACGCCGCUCUCUUGCCGAAAAGAGGUUAAUACGGCAAAAGUCUGGCCUGUAAGCGAUACGGCAGUCUUAAUUUGUUGGGGCAAAAACGUUAAGUUCGACAGGGGCUGUCGCAUUAUUCGACAUUGGAGCGACAGGUGAUUCACCCGGCGUUCUUCUCAUACAUGAAAAUAAAGAUUAGGUUCGACACACGGUGCGCCGUCUGAAUCAGAUGUCGCGCCAAUGUCGCUCCAAAGUCGAACCAAACUCAGUUAGGUUCGGCACAUGAGUGGAGCGGCGUCUGAACCGGGCCUUAGCAACUGAACGGGAACGUCAGUUGACGACGGCGCGCGCAAAUCAAACAACUGGAUUGACCAAUGGCAGAGCGGCAAAUUGAGCAACGGAAGUCGUGUUUAGUCCUUUCCGCGCGCUUUCCCGUCGUCAACUGACCUUCCUGUCCUGUUGCUAAAUCAGCCUAUUAUAAACGGUCGUGGUCACCUUUUCCUCAGGUCCCAAUGAGAUAUUUUUUAUUAUCUCUUUCUCUACUAAACAGUCACUUUGACGAGAUGUAGCCUCCUAAUGCAACAAAUACGCUGUGUAUGGUAUUUAAUGGUCUUUUACUUCCCUUGUUUUGGCACAAGAAGAAAUAGAAACAAUUUGAGGUCGAUUUGUCGGGCGAUUUUUUCUUCCUCUUUCACCAUCUUGAAGUUCAUUUUCUUGAAUAACACUUAGGUUUGCCAAACCUGUAUUAAACGGUCAUCCUGUAUAAGGCGGUCAGUGAACCAUUUCCCAAGGGUAAAUACAAGUUUGACUGUAUUUUCAACAGGCUUUAUAUCACAACCUUUUGUUACUCUUUUCAGAGGGACACGGAAACUUCUCCUUCGAAAUGGGUUUAUAUCGGAGCUCCGAGUACAAGACCCCGUACGACGUGUCGGAAUACCCGGUCAAUGUGGACCCGUUUGGUCACCUUUACUGUGAAGCUAAACUUGACACGUCAGACUCCGGACUCGUUCUUCUUGCUGAUACUUGUGUGGCGACGCCAUCUAUGAACCCCGCAGAUAGUAUGCAGUAUAUAUUUAUAGAUGACGGGUAAUGUAUCUGAUUUGUUGUUUGGGUGUAAUUUUUCUUGCCAAUUUGAGCUGAAUCAUCACCGUCAACCUCAUCUUCACCAUUAUCUUUGUUAUCAGUUUUAUCAUCGCCAUUCAUAUCUCCAUCCAUUUCAUCGUUGUCAUCAUUAUCCCUAUUCAUCAUAAUAAUCAUCAUCAUCAUUAUAAAUAACAUAAUCAUCAUAUGUUUGCCGUUCUUGUUGCCGUCGCUGUCGUCGUUGCUUAAGCUCCUUCUUUGCGAGCUUUAGUAUCGACUACGGCAACGGCAGCGAAAACGUCGCUUUUAAAAUGAAUUGGCGUUUUUCAAACUUUUUCAAAGUUUAUUCCAAUUGGCUGAAAAUGUCUAACGUAGGCAAAUUUCUCUAGAGUUGUUUUCUUGGGGACCGCAUUCAAGUUAAGAAAGAGAAAGAAAAUUUCGUCGUCGCUUGUUUACGUCCUCCAUAAAACGUGAAAUUAGGCAUUUUCACGUCGUAGUCGUGCAGUGACGGCUAAGAAAUGUACAGAAAAGCAUGAUGCACGUGCAAACUUGUAGUUUUGCUUAAUGAACCUAUUGCUGUUUUGACGAUCUCGAUGGCGUCGCCGUCGCCGUCGCUAAAACUAGGGAGCUUUAGCAUCGACGGCGGCAACGGCAGCGAAAACGUCAGUUUUAAGAUGGAUUCCCGUUUUUUUUCAAUCUUAGUCGCGUUUAUUCCAAUUUCUUGAAUCGUCACUUGUUUACGUCCUCCAUAAAACUUACAAUUAGGCAUUUUCACGUCGUAGCCAUGCAAGGACAGUAAAGAAAUGUACAAAAAAGCAUGAUGCACGUGUAAAGUUGUUGUUUUGCGUAAUAAACCUAUUCCUUUUUCCGUCGCCGUCGUUGUUGCUAAAGCUCCCUAUUAGGCUGAUUUAGCAACAGGACGGGAACGUCAGUUGGCGACAAGAAAGCGCGCGGAAAGGACUACACACGACUUCCGGUGUCCAAUUUGCCGCUCUGCCAUUGGUCAAGCCAGUUGUUUGAUUUGCGCGCGCCGUUGUCAACUGACGUUCCCGUUCUGUUGCUAAAUCAGCCUAUUAUCUCUCACCAUACGUCACCUUCUGCAAGACCCUCCUACACAAUAGCGCGGUGCGUAUUUCAAACUAUUUCCUCCUGUCGUUCUAGAUGUCCUGUCGAUAACGGAACUAAAUACGACCAUACAUUAACCCCAACUCAGCGAUUCCGGUUGGACCCAUUUCGAUGGGUUCCUGAAAACUACACAUUAGUGUAUCUCCAUUGCAACGUCAUUGUCUGUCAAAAAUAUGGUAGCACGCGCUGCAGUAUGGGAUGCCAACCAGACAGCAGGCGCGCAAGGAGUAUUGGGAAGGACGAAAUACACCGUGUCACCCUUGGUCCCAUAAGACUUCGCAAAUCGCAGCAGUCUACGCCUGAGAGAGGUAAAUUAUAAUAAGUAUCUUUUGCUAACUCUACUUUUCACAACGACCCAAUCUCGUACCCAGGUUUUUUGGACAAAAACGAAGACUUUCGGCUUCAUAAAAAAAAGAUCUGGGCAAGAGAUUAGCCGCGGUCAUGAAAUUGUUGUUCUUGUUUACCAUACGUUUAUAAUUAGUUUUUUCCCAACGUCGAAAAAUCUCAUUGACCACUUCGAGGUCACAUGACAUCUAACAAUGAAACUUUUUCCCGCCAAAAGUCUUGGAGCGGGCAAAAUUGCAAAACUCUGACGUGAGAGGGUCAAUGGGGAAGUUGAGGAAGUUGACCGCAUGCUGAGAUUACAGAUUGUACACGUAGAAGUUUCUCUUCGUGGGCUAUAUAACAAAUCACUUAAUGGCUGGUCUCUCCAGUCAUGAACAAUAAUUAAAAUAUAUCAACAUGCAUAUUCCCCACAAUGUUCUCCGUACAUUUCAUUUGAUACCGAUGAAGAGAAUUUAACAGUCACAACCUUUUUACAUUUGUUGACCAUUUCCUGUUUUCUCACAACCUUUAUAAUUGACUGAGCUGUGUACCGUAAGGAGAAGUUUGAUUAUUGGUCACACUCAAGAGUUAGCAAAGGGUUAAGUGACUGUUAUUGAAGGCGCUUGUGAACCUUUUUAGUUCAUUUUCAAUUGAAGUUAAUUUACUAUUACUCUUUUGUUUUGCUAUAGAACCAUUAUCACAACCAGACCAGCCUUCUUCGUCAAGCAUGCCUACAUGGAUGCUAAUCUUGUGUAUUUGUGGAGCUAUCAUCGGACUUGGCUUGAUGCUUUAUGGUGCCGUUCAUCUCUUCUUGUAUCUCACCUCCGAUCCUCAAAACGUAGCCGUACCACCUGUCCAAAAAAAUUCAGAAGAGAUGGAAUUAUUUUGUCCCGAAAAAGUUUAGAGUUACAGUAAAACUGGUAACAAAAGCGGGCAACUUGUUUUGCAAAAUUGUUGCAGAACAAGUUGAAAAGAAUGUUGCGCGUUUUACCAUCCAUUUUCAAACCUGUUUUGUAACAAAUCAGGUUUUUGUUGUAAGUUGCGUGAAUUCUGAUUUCGGAUUGGUUUAAAAUUACGCGGGAGUUCUGCUAUACUCGGGAGUUACGUCACUUGUUGGAAAACAAGUUUGCCUUGGCUGGUAAAACGCGCAACAUGUACAGAUUUUGUUGCAAAAAGUAGAACAACUCUCUUCUUUUUGCAACAACUUUUCGCAAGCUGCUGCAGCCUGGUUAGUCUGCUACACAGCCGUUUUUAGAGUCGUCACGCAACGCUCCUCCCACUGAGCGUUGCGUGACGACACUAAAAACGGCCGUGUAGCAGACUACACCCUGGUUUGUUGCAAUACAGUUUGAUUCGUGGCUGGUAAAACGCGCAACAUCGCUAUUCAACUCGUUUUGCAGCCAAGCUGUAAAAAAAGUUGCAGGUUGUUGUUGCCCGUUUUACCGUAUGUUAAGAUGAAGAUUCGCCGGGCUUGAAUCUAAAUUUUCAACGAGCACUCCCGAAGUUUUCAUAAGGAAGUUCCCGCAUUCCAUCCCCAGGCACUAGCUUUGAACCGUCUUAGAAUAAAAAUUGUAGGGGUCGCUUUAAAAUAUUUAUAGGCAUGGCUAAUGUAAUUAUAGGAAUAUUUAUAGCAAUGGUUACGGGGAGAUUAAUAGAAUUACGCUAUUAUCUGAGAAUUUUUCGUGUCUUGUUUUCCCAGUUUAUCUAUAUGUUGUUUUUCUCUUUGUCAUUUGGAGGGCAUCAAAUGCUGUUUGUAUUGUAAAUCUUUGAAGACGUUCAAUAAAAAAUGCUUUAUAAGGAGU